AUGGGGGACUUCGGAAUAUCUUUGAAAUUAAAAAGUUAGUCAAAAGAUGAAUAAGGGCAGCCUUAUUAUUAUAAGCCUAAAGGUCAUUCCAAAUCAUUUGCACUGAAAUACAUUUAUGAAAAUACGAUGCUCACUAAAUAAGAACUUUAUAAAAAUGAUAGACAUGCAAUUUACAUAACAUUCAGCCUAAUAUACAAGUCAAUGGUUGAUGGUAAUAAGCAAAACAUUUCAGAAUUAAUGCAAAAUAUGUUAAUUGAUCUGGAUACGAAUAACUAUAGAAAAUUUCCUACACUAAAUGAUAUUGUUAUAAAAUAUUCUUCAAUAGAUCCCGGUGAAGAAUAUUUUGAAUUAGAUUUGCUUGAGAGUUAAGAUAGUGAUUUUAUUUAACUCGAAAACCCUUUGAAUUUAAGAUAACAGUUCUUUAAGCAAUUAAAGAGAAAGAUAGAUUGGAAUUAUGAUAAGGAUAAAGAAGCAAUCAUUGAUAAUGACAAAGAAUGGAGAGUAGUUUUAAUAAAACUACUUUAAAAUUGUGAUGAUGGAAUAGAUAAACAAAUCAAAUUUCAGAUAAGAAAGCGCUGCAAAUAUAGCUUUAAAUCUAAUGAAAUUAAGGACUAUGUCAAGUCGCAAACAUUUGAUAAAAACUAGUAACUUUUCUUUGAUGAUGAAGAUCUUAGAUUAUACUUAUAGUACCUUAAAUUCACCAAUCCCUCUAAUAAAAUAAUUAUAGCUCUGUAAACACAUUUUAAGAAUAGGUUAAUGGAGGAUUGCUUGAUCGAAUCCUAUCUUGUAGUUGCUAAGCAUUGGAACAAACUUUAAAAUGUUAAGAGCUUUUAGAGAAAUAUUAAUCCAUGA